UUGAUUUAGCUUUGGUAAAAAAAAAUUUGUAAGAUAAUAUUUUGACAUUUUACUAUGAUAUAGAUACCAAUCCAAGCUCAAAAUUGGGAUACCUGUGUUGGAAGAAGACGACUUCAAGGAAACACAGAAAUGGCGGCAUCCUAUUCGUGGUUAUGGCUUGCGACCUUCUUUGCCUUCUUAACGUUCGCUACUCCUAUCGAUGACAAGUGCGCUGCUUGCUAUGCUGUUGCGGAGAAACCAAGAAAUCAUCUAGAUCUGAGAAACCGUUUGGAUUCUAAAGGACAGCGUAGAGGAAAAGUGAUUGAUUACAGAGUAAGUGAGCUAAGAGUGGUCGAACUCCUGGAUGGCCUCUGUGAAAAGAUGCAGGAUUAUACCCUUCUGAAGACUGAUUCCAAAAGACAAACAUGGAUCAAAGUUAACAACUGGGAGAACCUCACAGUGAACAAACAAGAAGCCCGAGCACAUUCUAAAGAUAUGUCAUCUUACUGUGGAAGGUUACUGGAGGAAACUGAAGAUGAGUUGGCAGAGUUGAUUAAAAAGGGGUCUGUUGAACCUGGAGCUGUAGCCAAGGUAUUAUGUGAGGAUGUCAGCCAACACUGCAAAAAGACUAGCAAUGACAACAGCAUAAGCUACAAGAACCAGUGGCUUAAGAAUGGAUCUGGGAAGGUCUGAUGCACCAGCUCGAUAAGCCAAACUUAAUCACUUUGCAACAAAGAAAGGGCAAAUCAGUAAUUUUGAGGGGAGAACUGACAAAAGGAAUAUGAGGUGGAAGAGUUAGUUUUUUGGCAGAAGUAUUGUACAGAGGCCGGGUCUCAGUGUUUGGGAUAAAAGGGGAGGGAAGGUCUAGGUGCUAGACAUCAGAAAUAUUGUUAAGGGAAUUGGUGUGGGAGAGUGGGAGCCUCUCGAAAGCUAGCCUACUUGUGUAUUCAUUUACAUCAUCAAUUCCAAACUCACCUUCCUCUCAUUUCCCAUCUUGUUCAUCUCUUGCAAUCUUCUUAUCUCUGUUAUUAUUUUCCAUUAAUACUUAUGUGUUUGUUGUGUUUGAUCUUGUUGUGUUGUGAGGGAGUAGUUGAUAACUCAGUUCGUCACCGAAGGCUUAUCUGUCAGCAGCCAUACAUGUAUAGACUAUAGCAUUAAACGCUUCUGUGAUACUUUCGUUCUCUUUCAUUUUAAUAUCUGAAACACAAGUUUCAUGUAUGCGAACAAGUAUAGGAGUAGUUCCACAUUAUAAAAGGAAGUGAAUGACAAAAAAGUGGCUUCAUCCUAGAGGGGUUACUACUUACUACAAAUUCUGUUUGGAGAGAUUUUGUUACUUGUAUGAAUUUUGAAUGGCACCUAAGUGAUGCACAUCUUACUAAUCUUUUUUGCAUAGCAUUGAAUCAGUAUGGCCAGGGAAAUUGACUAUUGCCUUUGGUAGCUACGAGAAGCAUAAAUGGAGCCCCUACAAAUUUAAGUGCUACUGCAGGACAUGCGUAACAUGUCUGUCAAAGAUCCCUAUAGGAUAGGAAUGAAAAGGUUACGGUGCUCUAUCUCGCCUACUUCUGCUUCUAGAAUCUAGAUCGACCAUGGUUAUUUAACAAAAAAUUGGCUCAUAUGGAAUUAUCCUGGCUUUCUUUGUCUCUUGUGUGGCUUUGUGAGUUGAGAAUUCACUGCCAUUCUCUUUCGUCCCCGUUAUGAAUUAACAUAAUUUAAGCACCAUUAAUGGCAGAAAUUAGAAAGAAGAAGAAGAUUUGAUUGAUACACUGAAAAUACAGCAAAAAUAUAAAGAUAUUCAAGCUUUCGAGAAGCUUGAUUCUCUCCCAAGUGAACUCUUAAAACCUCACCAAAAGUUUCAUUAAUAUUUAACAUACUAAUCCCUUCCUAAUGUUCUCUUAUUUAUAGUAUUGCUCCUCUAACUCACUCACUUAUCCUCAAGGUGGUUAGUGGUCAACACUGAAAUUUCAGCUUCGGCCAUGAUGGGCAUCAUCAUCCUUGAUGCCUGGCUUCCACAGCCUGCACCGGUGUAUCUUGUUACCUUACUGACAAUAUAGUGAAGAAGAGAUGAUUUGUGUCCUUAGUGAUAUAUUUGGCAGUUGGCACUUACUUCCCAUAUGUUUUCACACUCGAAACCAAGAACUUGCUUCAUCUGGCCUUGAAGCUCCUUAUCAGUGAGGUGUUGGCUUUCCAUUAGUGGCUUGGCUAUCGUAAUAUAGGCAUGGAACUUGCCAUUGGAUGAUGUCAGAACUAAUGGGUUUGAAAAAUUGGUGGAAAAAUGGUUUUAAAAAUUAGGAGAAGAGAAGUGGGCUGAGAGUGAGUGGUGGGACGAAGAGUGUAGAUGUGCGUGGAGGAUUGGUCAUCAGAAAGCUGAUUGGGAUUGUUAGUAGAUGGAUGGGUUGGGGCGUUGGGCAAUGAAAAGAGGGGGAAAGUAAUUGGGCUUAGUGGUUUUUUUUCCCAAAUAAGGCCCUGAUUUCCUUGGAGUUCGUAGAUAAAAAAUGAAAGGUCUUCCUGUAGUUGCCAAAGGGGUGUUUUAGAGAGUUUUUGGAAUAAAAACUCUCAAAAUAAAAAAGCUCCUAAUAGAAGCUUUAUCCUUAGAGGAUUAGGUAAAAAUAUGUUCAAUUACUUUUUUGCCUCUAAUAAUAAUACUACACAUAUGUAUUAAAAUAUUUAUAAAUGUCAUUUCACUCAAAUAAAUCGCAAUAACUCUAAUAAGCUUUUAGCAAUCAGUUAAUUAUUACCAAACGCGUUUAUUAAAAAAAGUUGUCAAAUCAGCAGUGAAACUUGCUGAACAAAAAGUUAAAACUCUAACAACAAACUCUAAACUCUAACUGCUAAACUCUAAACUCUAUUUGCCAAACAGGGCAAUAUCUUCUGCUAAUUUAUUUCCACUCACAAGUCACAUCCUUCACAUGGGACUUUUCAUCCAAUUCUGAUCUGCUCUGAAUAUUGACAAUAUUCUGAAUCUGUUCCCUCAAGCCAAAUGAAAAUUCUAACAAGCUUGUUCCACACUCCAUAACUGAAAGUGAGCUCCAUCCUACUUUGCCUCUGAAUCUUUCAUCGGAAAAGAAUUCUGGGUCGUUGCUGGUAUUUAUGCCUAAGAAAUCUCCAGAUCCACCCCCUGUCCCAUUUGCUUCAGAUACACCUUUGGCGAAUCCAUAUUCUUCCCUGUACAGGCCACCACACGUUGUGGUUCCACCAUCAAACUUACAUUUCUCGGCUAAGAGGCCUGGGCUACCUCCAGAACCACUUCCUCCGGUUCUAGCUUUCUUGAACAUUCCUCCACCACUGUGGUUGUUGCUAGCGACAAUCUUUUCCCAUCCAUCAAUGUGUCCUCCAACAUAGCCAUCAGCCACACCAACAAAUUUGCACCCAGAUUUGCCGGUGAGACCAAUUUGACCUCCUCGAGUAAAACCCACCAGAAAAAAUUACCCUGCAAUUACUCCCCAAGCCAUUCCCCUCGACAUGUACCUCCAUACCUUAAUUCCUCUAGAUGUGAUAUUACCAGUGUCGCUUUCACCGAUGACGUCCUCUCUGUUCCAGCCAAAAGACUCCAUCGUAAGCAGGCUAUUGAUCUCUUACUCACGUGAAGGAUAAAAGUCAGUGGUGAUGGUUUGAAUCUCGUUUAUCUCUUCCACCACUCAAUUUGGUUUUCCUUCUGUCCACUGUUGAGAUUCUUCACCAGCUGGUGGUGUUUAAGACUUAAGAACAACCAAACCACCAAAAGAGCUACACCAGCGACUAGAAUCCGCAUGUGCUGAAGAGAUCAUUGCACAAUCAUAUCCCUUUUUUCCUCCCACCUGAAGAAUGAUCGUCGUUGAUGUUGCCAUUCAAAAUACUGCCUCGCAUCGCCGUCAAGUCCUAUGAUGGCAACCAUUAACUUCUUAUUUAAUUUGGAAAAACGGGAGAAAUCCUCCAAUUGAAGGAUCCAUUCAUUGGAAGUUCUUCCCUUGAACUCAAGACUUUGAAGCUCUUGUCCGAUGUUCUGCUCUUUGUUGACAUUUGAUAUCCCUGGAUCUCCUUUGUGAGAGAAGUAUGCAUACUCUUCUCGGAUCCAUUUCUGGAUAAGCUAUGAUGCACGUUUAUUAGCAAUCUUCAUCUGAGUUUUUUUUUAUUUUUUUUGUGAAAUUGUAAAUCAGUAGCUUAAUCCCCUGGGAUAGUACCACUCUGAUGCCAUUUGUUGUGAAUUAACAUAACUUAAGAACCAACAAUGGCAGAAGUUUAGGAAGAAGAGGAAGAUAUGAUUGAUGGAAAGAAUAUACAGCAAAAUGUAAAGAUUCAAGCUUUCGAGAGGCUUGAUUCUCUCCCAAAAAAACUCUUAAAAGCUCACCAAAAAUUCUCAUCAAUAUUCAACAUAUUAAUCUGUUUCAAAUGCUCUCUUAUUUAUAGUAUUAUUCAACUAAAUGACUUAUUUUUCUCCUCAAGAUACUGCUAUACCUAACAUUCCCUUCCCCAUUUGCCAAUUCAUAGCAGUCCCUUUGACGUUUGCAAUGGCAUUAGUUCAUGUGAAGUGCAUAGCAAUUUCAAUGGUAAAAUAUGCU